AGUCACAUCGGCUCAGGACGCAAGUAGCGAACGCCUAGCGCCAUGCUGCCAUCCUGCGAGUUCAUGCGCAUGAGUGCUGAGGUGGAGCAUGAGGAGAGCAAAGCGGAGAUGGUCCACUCGGACCCAGAAGCUCCCAUCGUUGUGAGCAUGACUCCCGCUCCGGAGUUCCAGGUGGAAUCUUUGCAGCUGCUGCUGCUCGAGCAAGAGCAGCGGAUAAAGUUGCAUUUCGAUCAAAAGAUUGAGGAGCUUCAAGAGCACAUGGUCAGGAUGGUGCAAGGACCUACGACGAGCCCAACUGUGCCCCACCACCGGAUGCCCCACGAAAGGAUGCCUCGGACGAGCAGACGAUCGAGUGGACGAGAAAGUGGAGACGCAACUCGGGGAGCCUCAUGGGGAGUGCCGAAGAAUUUCAUUGAGAUGGUCCACCGUGUAAUGGACUCAGAGGGCUUAAAGCACAGUCCCAGCCAAAAGACCAGCACAGUAGUGAGGAAGUUGAGGUGUGCCUGGUUGCCGGUACUUUGGCACUAUUUUGUUGACUUCAUUGCUCUGAGCUAUGUGAUUUUCAUCGGCAUCAACCUGCAGUUCGGAAGCCAUGGCGGUCCAUUGGAAUGGGCUCUCCCGAUUGAAAUUCUGUUCUGCAGCGUCAUUGGCGUGGACCUCCUCGUGAAGAUGUGCACGCAGCAACAGAAGUUCUUCACUGGACCUAGACGGUGGUGGAAUUUCUUUGAUUCUUUUUGUCUCUUGGUGUUGAUUGUGGCGGCCGCCCAAGGCUCUCGUGGCCUGGAGACAGCCUCAGGCUUAGUCCGUGGAGGGCGUGCCCUACGAAUCGUGGGGUGCUUCUCGACGGUACAGGAACUGAGGCAGUUUAAACAGCUGCGUGUGAUGAUUGCAUCGAUGAUCCGGAGCCUGAAGGUCAUGCUUUGGCCUGCUUUGAUGGUCUUUGUCUUCAACUAUUUUUGUGGGCUGAUUUUGACAGAAAGCAUGUGGUCAAACUGUCCAAACAGUAGCAUACUGUGCGAGAAAUUCGGUGACUUGCAAUCAUCGAUGAUCACCUUGUACCAAAUUCAAUACAGCGGAAUGCUAUGGCACGAGGUUUGGCAUGAAAUGCAGCACUCCGAGUGGUAUGUCCAAGUCUUCUUCAUUUGCUCCACUGUCUUCGGGCUGAUGGUUGUGGUGAAUGCAACCACCAGCUUCAUGUGCGGCCUUCAAAGUUAUAUUUGGAAGAAAGAGCGAGCAACUUUCAGCGAUCUGGAGGAGGAGUUGAAGAAGUUCUAUGCAAGCUUCAGAGAGAUCGAUCAAAACCACAACGGAACCAUUUCUGAGGUUGAAUUCAAGCUUGUAAUGGAAAAUGAGCAGAUGCUUGCACUUCUAGAAGCGCUGGACGUGGAUACGUCAGAUGCUGUGAAAGUCUUUGAGAUCUUGGCCUCCCAAAGCACCGGUGGGAUUGAAGUCACCGACUUUCUUCUGGGUUGCUUGCGGCUUCAGAGAGGUACCACAGCUGUGGAUAUCAUCCGCAUCCAGAUGCAACAAGAAUGGGGACACGACGCCCUAGUGAGUAUGAGCACAGUGUUACAAAAGACCAGCGCUGACUUUCAGGAAGCGCUGCAUUCCCUUUCAAUCACGACAACGGCCAUGGAGCCGUUGUCGGCGGGGAUUUCUGGGGGGGGACCUUCUUUGACGAAGUCAUGGACACGGCGACAGAGCAUUCAUGCAGUUCCAGAGUUGAUGGCCUCAAAUGAUGAGGAGGAGUUGAGGGAAGUGCUUCGUCACAAUCAGCGGACGAAUCUUGGGAGUGAAGAUCGAGCAGUUACAGUGCCUGAGAUGCAACAGCUGUUGCAGGAGCUCUUUGGAAUGUGCGACGGGUGGAAAGAUGCCUUCACAGGCAAAGCAGUGCAAAGUGGAGAAGCCAAUUUGUACCAGUUUGCCUAUCAUUGUAUUUUGCCUCGGACGGCUCCCUAUGACGGCGUUCUCUUGCAAUGGCCAGCAUCGAUGACAGUCAUCCCCGAAGCCGGGCAAGAAGUUUGCCAAAGAAGUGGCCAGAUGGAGAUGGCACUUCCAGUCGCUCGUGGUAAAGUGCUUCGUGCAGAAAAAGUCGAGGACGUGCACGGCGAGAAGUUGAAGAUUUGGAUUCGUUUACUGCAAGGACAGUUCCAACCCAUGUGCUCUGAGAUCUGGUGUGGAACCAGCGUCCUUCCGGGAGAAGAGAUGAGUGUGGUGGCUGAAAAGUCCAUCAGCUACAAAGAGCAUUUAUCAACCAGAGCAUGCAAGUCUGAAUACUACACCUCUCAUUGGUGGGGCGAGCCCGUUCGCUCCUUUGUGCAGUGCUGCCGGAAGCACGCAGAGUUGCGCCGGCUAGAAGAAGGCACUGGGUACUGGGUUUGUGGCUAUGCCAAUCGCCAGCAUGAGCUUGGCUUGGACAUCGCAGAUGAUGUUGUUGCCACGUCUUUCUUCGCAGCCCUCAAAACGUCCAAGGGUCUACUGGUGAUUUUGGAUGAAAAGGCAACUCCUUUCUCCCGCAUCUGGUGCGACUUUGAGCUUUAUGCAGCGAUCAUGAACAAGGCGAUGGAGCUCGAUAUCGCAGCAGCCAUUGGCACUGAGAAAACCAGGAUUUUGACCACAAACCUUGUCCCUGGCGAGUCUUCUGUUGCAAAAACCAAGCGCGAGCAGGACUUCCCAAUUGAUCUGUUGGGUCGUGGUCUUGAACUUUGUCUUGAGGAAGGCAAUGCAACGGUCAAGGAGGACAAGGAACACAUCUUCCGAGCCAUUGCUGACAACUACGACCUAAGUUCAGAAGAAGGAGAGGCACGGUUGCGCCAGAACUUAGACCGAGCCAACAAUACCCUUCGGUCAACCUUGGCAGUUCUUGCUUGGCCCCAGGCCAUGCAGAAGAAAGGCUGGAUCUCUGAUUGCAUGAGAUGAGCAUAAAUGGAGGUUUCGUUGAAAGGGGUUCUUUUUUCAAGGAUACACUUGAACAUGUUUUGGGGCAUGAUACCCUUCUUGUGUAACCAAUGAUCCGAGAAAAACCAUAUGUUUGGUUCUUCCAAGAUACACUUCACACCCCAGAUGUUGUAGUGAAGCAUCAAGUUGUUUCAUCUUUGAGUCCGUUUUCGUUGUCCGGUUCGGUCUGGUCGUCCCUGCGACCGCUCGACCGCUCUGAUCGGUGAUCCUGCUUGAGCCAGCUUGCCACGCAGUAAGUUACCAACAACUUUUGAUGGAGCCUUGUUGAUGGAAAUAAUGCUGGAACAGAAUUGGCGACUUGCCACAGCUUAAUUUAUAUAAAUGAAACUGAUGCCAACGUCAUUACACCGUACCGUUGUGUUUUGGAAUGUGGGCGGAUUGUACAGCGCUUGAUUUGACAUAUCACACAUUUCCUGGUUGAGGUCGCAAGCUCACUGCUCUCCUGCAAUGGAUGCCGAUAAUCCAUUUCUUGUCGAACUGUGUUGGAUGCAUGAUGCUGUGGAUGUUUUUCUUGUUGAAGGGUUCCUUUGUGAAAAACCCGCGUGCAAUGUGUACCCUUGUCUACUGUAUCUAGCUUUCUGCCUCUUUAUUGGUGACCCGAAAGCCUCAGAAUUGACAAAAUAUGAAAAUAAGUCUUUUGGAAACAAGGUGGCCCAAGCGAAAACCAAUGGGUUCAGGGAAAAGGCGCAGCCGAAAUCGGGCCCCAGAACGGGCGUUCACGAACGCGCUUUUGCGCACCCAAUCAUCCAACGAAGGGCGAAAACGCGAAGAAACGGUGUGAACAAAACAACCGCAAUCUAAGACCGCUAAGAAAAAAGGAACGAACAAGGGUUCCUCAGCGAAGUUAUAACGAAGCCAGCUGGGCUACUGGUCAGCUUCUGCCAGCUGGGCGUUGUCGGCUCGAUUUCCAUCCCCGUCCUGGACGUCGUGCCCGAGUAGAUAGCGGGUCCGAAGCCCUUCCAAGGAGUGAAUUCGAGAUGUCCCCCAUAUCACAUCUUGAGGUACACUGCCAUCUACUCUGAAAUCGGAACUUUUGAGUUGAAGAAUUGCAGGAUUUUUUUGUGUCGUCAUUCUUUUUUCAGGGCGCCCUGGCAUGGACAAGAUCUGCAACGCCUUGCGCUCGGACGGUUUCAGAGAGUCCUUAGAGUUGAGCUUGGCGCACGUCGAGGGCUGCGACAAUGCUGCGGUGAAGAAGCUGGCGGAAUCGUUGCCCAGCUCUUUGAAGAAUCUCAAGCUCAGCUUCGAGGGUUGCAGUCAUUUAACAGACUCCUCUGUGCAAGCACUGGCGGGACAGGUUUCGCAGCUGAAGUCUCUGGAGAUCCUUCACCUGGACUUUGUGGGCUGCGAAUACCUGACGGAUGCGAGCCUGAAGUCAGUCGGCGACCGUGUCAGCAAGUCGAAACUCAUCGAAUUAGAACUCCAUUUCGCGGGUUGCAAACGUUUGCAAGAAGGUGGCGUCCUUUCAUUGCAAGAGAACCUUCCAGAGUCAUUGCGACACUUUAAAGCCAAUUUCAAAGGCACGCAUGUUGACCGAACCUUUGACAAUCUGACGCAGUUUAAAGGGUACCAGAAAUCCUGGCGUCCCUUCCCUUUUGAAUUGACUGCGUAGUGCCAUGACACUGUGGCAGCAUUUACAUAGUUGGCCAAGAUGUGUCGGGACCAGUUGAUGUCUAUUUAGAACCAAUUACUAUGUGUGUGUAUGCCCCACGCAGCCCGCAAAGUGAUGACACAGAAACCAUCAUUCCAGAUCUCACGGUGGUCUAACUAUGCGACUGCAGAUUCGUCGUCGCAAAAAAUGGGGCCCCAAAUCUGGCAGGGCAGUAGAAGAAGGGAUUGCCUUUUGCUGGCCAAACAUAUACCUAGUUUUGGUGCCAAAAGUUCGACUAAAGAGCAAGAUUAUCCGUGAGUGCUGGCAUAAACGUUUUGCAGCACGCUGCUUGGAAAACGAUGAAUAAUGAGUUGCACAUCACUUGCACUGACCCUUCCUUGCCUCCACGCCAGAGCUUCUGUUCGCAAGGUCUUGCGGCCUUCUUUUCUGCGCUGCAGAAUCGCUUACUUGAUGUAGUCCGAUCCAAACCACUGCAGUACAGCAAGCCUGCGCGCAGAUGCUUUGGGAGACCAAAGUGUUGAGAAUACUGCGUGCUGUAAGGGACCAGAAUGCGGAGGCCUGAGCUUGUGCGCUCUAGUAAUGACUUCUGACCUUGAAAGCCUGUUGUGGAUAGCUGGGCGUGGAAGAUGCGCCGGCCAAGGCGCAUGGAAAUGCGGUGGCGGCUGAUGCUUUCUGAAAUUCUCCCCUCCCCCCUGGCAGUGGAGUCUUUUAUGUGGAUGUGACCACCUAGUCUACCCAGCAUCCGUGAUCUACUGUCUUCUGCGCCCGUGAUAUGUUGCCUUUUAAUUUGAAGCUUUAGUACUUCUCAAGUGUGGCCGACAGGCUGUGACACACCGGGACACCGAUUGCCUAUGGGAACUGUUGACAGCUCCAUAUACCCAACCAACGGAGUUCCCGACUCGUGUGCAAAAACAAUGACUUCUGGGGCCAUGACCGCCUUUCUUGUAAAGUGCCAACGCUUUCGCUCCGCCUGUGCACCACAGUGGAUGCUAUGACCGGGCGCCAUUGAGCCGGCCACUCAGUUUUUGGCAGUGCGCACAAAGGCGUGGCAGUAUGCAAACGUAACUGGGGACCAGCCACAUUUUCAGAAAAAAUGCGUUGCCAUGUGCACGGAAGGGGCCAUUUCUGUCACCACAAAGCCAUUGAACAGUUGGCUUCAUCGUGGUGGGCCCUUGUUGCAAACACAUGACGCGCUAUCCGAAUCC